AUGAAUGCUUAUGAUAUUGGCUUAUGUCUUAAUAAGCAACUUGAUGACGAAAACAAAUUAUUGUUCUUAAAAAAUACAUGGACACCAAUGCAUGGAUUUAUUUUUCCAACUGUCAAACAGGGGAAUCAGAAUAGAUGUUUUCAAAGAGAAUGGUUGAACAUGUUCAAGUGGCUGGCUUAUAGUGAUGUAAAAAAAGGCGGCUUUUGUAAAUAUUGUGUCAUUUUUCAACCAAGUGGUGGUGGUCAAGGUUGUCAGCCAUUGAAAGCUUUUGUCACUGAACCGUUUUUAAAUUUUAAAAAAGGCAUCGAACUAUUGAAAAAUCAUGGUGGAUCAAAGCUUAUAAAUAAUAUUGUUAGUGAUAAAACUAAAUCGAUAAUGGAAGCUAAUAGAAAACGUUUAACUUCAAUUAUAAAAACUAUAAUAUUUUGUGGUCAUAACAAUAUAUCUCUCAGAGGGCACAGAGACGAUGGGAUACUUGACUAUGAAUCAGCAAUAACAGGAAAAGAAGGAAUUUUUAGAAGUCUUUUAUCAUUUCGCUUAGACUCCGGUGAUAACAUUUUGAAGGACCAUUUUAAAUCGUGUGGUAAAAAUUCAACCAUGAUCAGCAAAACAAUACAAAAUGAAAUAAUAAAUGUACUGCAUCAAGUUAUUACUGAGAGCAUUGUCAAAAACAUUAAAAAAAAUGUUUUUUUUUCAAUUAUUUGCGAUGAAACAACAGAUGUCAGUACUAAAGAACAACUAUCAUUUUCUGUGAGGACACAAGCGGCAUUAAUGUAUGAUGAAGAUAUACCAGCUAAUUCUCACUUGGAAAUACAAGCUGAAUUAGAACUCUGGAAGACGAAAUGGGCCAACACAGAAAAUCCAAAGCCCCAAACUGCGGUUGAAACAUUGGUACAUUCAACAGCUGAAAGAUCAUUUUCUUCCCUAAGAAGAUUGAAAAAUUACAUGAGAUCUUCUAUGACAGAAGACAGGCUAAAUGGGUUAGCAGUGCUGCAUAUACAUAAAGAAAUACCCAUCAAUAUCGACGAUGUCAUAAAUAUAUUUUCUCGACAGAAGCAAAGGCGAAUGAAAACUGAAGAUUGGUCAAAAGACUAA